AUGGCUUCUCGCUCCCGCUCUCGACGGGCCGAGCGCGACGUCAGUACCUCCCGCUCCGACACCUCCGCGUCUACCUCCCCCGAGCGCGGCGUCGAGGAUGACGAUAACGACUCCCUCAUGUUCCAAACGAACGACUCUCAGUCCUCCCUCGCACCUUCCGUAUCGCCAGACUCAGACGAAGACGCGCUUAGAAGGGCCAUAGAGGAGCGAUGUCGCGUGUCGCCCAUCUCGCGCCUGCCCGCCGAGCUGAUGAUUGCCAUCUUUGCCAAGCUAUCCUCGCCUGGCGAUCUGAAGCACUGUAUGCUCGUCUCCCGAGAAUGGGCAAGGAACAGUGUUGGUUUGUUGUGGCACAGACCUCAGACGGGAAAAUGGCAAUCGAUCAAGAGCGUUGUUGCUACGGUUCGGAGAGGAGACAGCUUCUUCGACUACCCUAGCCUCAUAAAACGACUGAAUCUGUCAGCUCUGGCCCCCGAGAUCAGCGAUGGGACACUACAGCCUUUGGCGAAUUGCAACCGAGUCGAGCGCUUGACCCUGACUAACUGCACGAAACUCACCGAUCUUAGCCUCACUGGUAUGCUUCAGGGCAACCGCAGCCUCCUUGCCUUAGACGUGACCGGUUUGGACUCGAUAACUGAUCGCUCAAUGUUCGCUCUCGCCGAGAAUGCAGUGCGACUUCAGGGACUGAACAUCACGAACUGCAAGAAGAUCUCGGAUGAAUCUUUAGAGGCAGUAGCGAAGAGCUGUCGGCAUUUGAAGAGGCUCAAACUCAAUGGCUGUCAGCAGCUGACCGAUCGUUCUAUCAUCGCUUUCGCACGCAACUGCCGCUACAUUUUGGAGAUUGAUCUGCACGACUGUAGGAACCUUGAAGACGAGUCGAUCACGACGCUUAUAACGGAUGGACCGCAUCUACGAGAGCUGAGGCUGGCUCAUUGCUGGCGCAUCACGGAUCAAGCGUUCCUUCGCUCGCCACAAGGAAUAUCAUACGAUGCUCUCCGCAUCCUCGACCUCACAGACUGCACUGAGUUGCAAGACGCCGGCGUUCAGAAGAUUGUACAAGCCGCGCCUCGCCUGCGCAACCUCGUCCUGAACAAAUGCCGCAAUAUCACUGACCGCGCUGUGCUCGCCAUAACACGGCUUGGAAAGAAUCUGCACUACAUCCACCUGGGCCACUGCUCGCGUAUCACCGAUACGGGUGUAAUCCAGCUUGUCAAGCUGUGCAAUCGCAUCCGCUAUAUUGACUUGGCAUGUUGUACAAACCUCACGGAUAACUCUGUCACACAGCUAGCUGCCCUGCCGAAAUUGAAGAGGAUAGGCUUGGUCAAGUGCGGGAACAUUACGGACCGCAGCAUUGUCGCGCUUGCCAAGCCGAAGCAGGUCGGCCACGGCGGCCCAGUAACGCCCAGUGUGCUCGAGCGUGUGCAUCUGAGUUACUGCACGAACCUCACACUCAGCAGCAUCCAUUCCCUCCUCAACAGCUGCCCGCGUCUCACACAUCUGAGCCUCACGGGCGUACAAGCAUUCCUCCGAGAAGACCUAAUUGUGUUCUGCCGCGAAGCGCCACAAGAGUUCAACGAACACCAACGCGACGUCUUCUGCGUCUUUAGCGGCGUCGGCGUUCAGCGUCUGCGCAACUACCUCAAUACCGACACGGCUCACACUCGCCGCACGCUGUUCGAGGACGAGGGCACCAUGUACGACGAUGAUGGCGACCAGCCGGAGCAGAUGGACGACGUGACGGCGCAGGCUAACGGCUUGGGGAUCGAGGACAUGGACGAGGACUUUGGCGAGGAGAGCGAGAUGAUUGGGGAGAAUUAA